AGCUGAGCUGUGUGUGUCCCCAUAGGUGCUGUUGGCGGCAGCUGUCUGCACAAAGGCAGGGAAGGCCAUCGUCUCCCGGCAGUUCGUGGAGAUGACCCGAACCCGCAUCGAGGGGCUGCUGGCAGCUUUCCCCAAACUCAUGAACACUGGGAAGCAGCACACUUUUGUGGAAACAGAGAGUGUGCGCUACGUCUAUCAGCCGAUGGAGAAGCUCUACAUGGUGCUGAUCACCACGAAAAACAGCAACAUCCUGGAAGACCUGGAAACACUCCGACUCUUCUCUAGAGUGAUCCCUGAAUACUGUCGAGCUCUAGAGGAGAAUGAGAUCUCUGAGCACUGCUUUGACCUGAUUUUUGCCUUUGAUGAAAUUGUUGCCCUGGGCUACCGUGAGAAUGUGAACUUGGCACAAAUUCGGACCUUCACAGAGAUGGACUCGCAUGAAGAAAAGGUGUUCCGAGCUGUCCGAGAGACUCAGGAACGUGAAGCAAAAGCAGAGAUGCGCCGUAAAGCGAAGGAGCUGCAGCAGGCCAGGAGGGAUGCAGAGAGGCUGGGCAAGAAGGCACCUGGCUUUGGUGGCUUCGGCAGCUCGGCUGUGUCUGGGGGCACAACAGCAGCAAUGAUCACAGAGACCAUCAUUGAAACAGAGAAGCCCAAAGUGGCACCAGCGCCGUCCAGACCAUCAGGUCCCAGUAAAGCUCUGAAACUUGGCGCCAAAGGGAAGGAGGUGGACAACUUUGUGGACAAGCUGAAAUCAGAGGGAGAAAACAUCAUGACUUCUGUAGGCAAACGCUCUACAGAAGCAGCCAAAGUUCUUGCCCCACCCAUUAAUAUGGAGAGUGUGCAUAUGAAAAUAGAGGAGAAAAUUUCCUUGACUUGUGGCCGUGAUGGGGGCUUACAGAAUAUGGAGCUGCAUGGCAUGAUCAUGCUGCACAUCUCUGAUGAAAAGUUUGCACGAAUUCGCCUGCAUGUAGAAAAUGAAGACAAGAGGGGAGUGCAAUUACAGACUCAUCCAAACGUGGACAAGAAGCUGUUUACUGCAGAAUCACAGAUUGGUUUGAAGAACCCAGAGAAAUCAUUCCCUACUAACAGUGAUGUGGGUGUGCUGAAGUGGAGGUUGCAGACGACAGAAGAGUCCUUCAUUCCAUUGACAAUUAACUGCUGGCCAUCAGAAAGUGGGAACAGUUGCGAUGUUAACAUUGAAUACGAGUUGCAGGAGGAGAGCCUAGAACUGAACGAUGUGGUCAUCAUGAUCCCUUUACCGUCUGGUGUUGGUGCCCCGGUGAUUGGGGAGAUCGAUGGCGAAUAUCGCCAUGACAGCCGGAGAAAUCUCCUUGAGUGGUGCCUGCCAGUGAUAGAUGCCAAAAACAAGAGUGGCAGCCUGGAGUUCAGCAUAGCAGGGCAGCCAAAUGACUUCUUUCCAGUACAGGUCUCCUUCAUCUCCAAAAAGAACUAUUGCAACAUACAGGUUACCAAAGUGACCCAGGUGGAUGGAAACAGCCCCGUAAGGUUUUCUACUGAAACCACCUUCCUGGUGGACAAGUACGAAAUCCUGUAAUGCCAGCUGUGGGGAAUUGGAAAGGAAAUUUUUAAAUUAAAAAAAAAAAGAGGCCGAAGUUUAUUCUGAAUGUUUGGAACGCCACAGCCCUCUCUGCUGAGACACAUGGCUCUGUGUGCCAUCUGCAGUGUCCUGGGUCACAGACAUUUUUGGCAGAGAAUUGACAUGUUCAUGGGGGGGAAAGGCUACAAAUUUCUUUGGCAGAUUUUUACUGGCUAGCAGGAGAACAAGAUCUCUGCAGAGAACCUGGCUUUGACACUUCCCCAUCUCCCAUGAAGAUGACUGGAGCUCAGUCCCAGAGCCUACUUAGACAUCACACUCGCCCGUUUUUAAUUAUCACACACUGUUCCAUUGUUGGUGCUGCCAUUUUAAUUUCUCCUCAGCCUUCAACUCUUGCUUCUGGUGAUGAAAACAGGCAUAAAGAUAAUACAUUCAGUGAUGCAGUGCUUCUCUGGACCCUUCCAUCUGGAAGAAGUGGACUCGCUGCUCAGACCCGAUUGCAGUGUUCCUUGCUGUCCCUCCAGCCCUGCUGUACAGCAGUGGAAUUCAGCUCCAAAUCUGUAGGAGUCCUUUGGGCCUCUUCUGGUGUCUGGGUCACAGUGGGCUUGGAGGUGGCGCAGGCUGCGGCUCUGAACACUCCAGUCUGCCCUGCAGGGAGAACAACACCCAGAGGUGGCUGUCUGAAGGUUUGCUGCGUUGCAGUAACUCUUGGCCAAGGUUCAUGUCCUGGCUCAGGCUAUGGCAGUGUCUCUGUAGGCUGAACUGUUUUACCUGGCAGGGUGCAGGUGUGCUUGCAGCCUGCUUUGCUUCACCUGCACACAGUAGAAGUGGGGUUAGACCUGUCACAAACUAAUGUCCUUUCUUGGUGCUUAGGAGUGGAGGAGAGGGAAGUGGUAGUUUCCUGAAAGUCUGCUGGGUUGGUCUGAGCAUGAGCAGCACCCAGAGCUGUUCCUCCUCUGCUUGCAUAGCAUCACUUUGUCCCCCAGAGCUGUGCUCCCCCCAAAUCCAUCCCACCCACUUGUUCGGGGCAGUCACCAACGCAGCGUGCGGUGUGCAGGGGAGCUCCUGCUGUAUGGGAAGGGCUGCUGGGCUGAGCGUGCCCCUGAAAUCCAAGUGGUGUCCUGUCCUCAGAAGUCCUAAAACCAUGCGCUGUGCACCAGAGAGCGCAGUGAAAGCGUGUUGGUUCUGCCAAAGAAGUUAGCGGUCUCUCCUCUGUUAACAGCGCCAGUGAGGAAAUAAACUGAUUCUUUCCCUGGGAGGGUGAUGUGUUCUGGGGGAGGGAAAGCAAACCCUGUUCUGUAGUGAAGUAGACAAUGAAUCUUAUUAAUUCAGUUGUGUUCAGGAGUUGCUUGUCUGUAUGAUUUUAAAAUGGAGUCGAGUUUAGUUCAAACAUCAAAGGAGCAUUUUUAUUAAAUUUGUUGGAGGGUAAUAUUUAAAAACCAGAACCCCAGUUUUUGUAACCCUGUACAAUAAUGGCCUAGGGAAUAGAGCACAUUCCAGUGUAUACAAAGAAUACAAAUUCUUUAAUCAAAUAAAAAGAGUAUUAUAAAAGGAA